GGAGAUGCUUGCAGCUGCAAAACAUUUCAAACUAAUUGCAGAUGGAGGCGCUCCAGCUCCAGGGAGACAUCAUCAGAAAACAGCAAGGUGGGUGUCUGUGACUCACCUGGAGAGUAAAACCAGCCCACUGGCUCCAAUUGCAGCCUGUCAGCUCAGAGUGAUCAGCUCCACAGACGACAUGUCUGCUCUUCGUCCUCGUUGUAAUAAUAAUAGUUCCACCUGGUCUGAUGGUCUCCAUUACGCGCCAUGAAUGUCUCAUGGAGUUUGCUGACGGUUUUGAGUUUGGUGCUUCACACCGAGUCCAGGUGCUCACCGACCUCCUACUACAAGAACUGCUGGAUCCGACGCUUCCCGGGCAUUUACAUCGACCUGGAGGAGUCUCAGAGGAGAGGAGCUCAGCUGCUGCAACACUACCAGGAGGAGACAGCUCUGAAAUGCAGCAGGACCUGCUGCCUCACCAGGAACUUUUCCUGUAAUCUGGCCAUAUUUCACUAUGACACCAGUCAUGAACACGUGAACUGCUUCCACCUUCACUGCCCGACUCUGGAGAGCUGCAUCCUCAGCCACAGAGGCAACGUUGUUCUCUACAACAUCACAAAGGGUGUGGAUCCUGACCUGUUAGUGUUUGGAAAGUACUUCACCUCCAACGUACGCCUGUUACCCCACCACUACAGUCGGGGCAACGCCUCGGAGCCGCUGCCCCCCGACAAACGCCAGUUCAUCCAUCCACCUCCGCCCGCUGCACUGCCUCUGACUGCAGCACCCACAGUUAAACCCCCCACCACAGUAAGCACAGUGCUCACCACGACUACUGCCACUACCACCUCCACUACCACCACUACGCUGCAGAGCACCAGUCAGCCUUCAACAGUUCCCACAACUCCAGCUCCGUUAUCUUCCACUCCAGAGAACCAUGCACAAACCACCUCCACCACUUCUCUUGCACCCAGCUUUACUACGCCUCCUCCAUCCAGCACAGCAACCACCCUCAGCCCUCACAAUCCCAACACCUUUUCUACCACAACUACACAACCCUCCACAUCCUCUCCCCAUCACCACACCACCAGCAUCUCUCAGCUGGCCACCAGCCCUCCCACUCCCACAGUGGAGAGCAGCAAGCAACACCCCAAUGAGACCAAGGGCAGCCUGGAGAGGAACCACACUGCAGGCAGUGAGGAAGAAGACCCGGGCGUCAGCGGAGCGGAGGACACCUUUGGGGGUUUGGGACCCGGGUGGCAUGUAGCCGCUCACACCUUGCUGGUUGCGGUGGCCGUCUGUGUCACGGUGCUGCUGAGCUGCUGCUGCUCCGUCCUGCUGGUGGUGAGCUGGAGGGGUCAGAGGAAGAGGAUGGGACGCUACCGGACAUCGUGGAGAGGGAAACGAGGCUCCAUGCGUCUUAUAAAGUACGUGCUGGUCAGAGAAAACUCCUGAACGUACUGAAAGUAAGGACAAGAGAAACAAGAUGGACUUUUCUCUUUUUGUUUACAGUAAAGUUUUAAAUGAAAGAAUCCAGGGUGAAGAGACAUUUCAUAUAUUUUUGUAAAAUCAUUUUCACAUACUGGAUUACUUUAAUAGCACGGACAUUGCUUUAUUUUAAGCAUGAUGAAAAUGUCAACUGAUGAAGUUGCAAUUCUGUACAUUUAAGGUGAGACCCUACAGGCAGGUUUUGGGCUAGUAGUGAGAAAACAUCAAAAAUACACAUUUAGGUGUUUAUUUUACUACUUUAUCUAUUUGCUUCUGUAGGUUUCUCCUAAAUUCACCAAAUUGAGCAUUACACAUUUGCAUAUUUAAACAUAACAU